ACUUUGGUGCUCGUCACACCCAAUUAUUGCUCUUAUCUUCUCCAUCUCUCCUCUUCCCUUCACAAACGAACUACAAAUCGCUUGGAAAACUCUCUCUGCAACUCCCCCAUAACUAUCUCCGAUCUUCUCCCCAAAAACCCGGUCUAUCGGACUUAAAAAAAGCACAAUGAACCCGAUCCAAGAGACCCGUUUUAGCAUAAUACGGAUCCAGUUCAAACCCGUCGACCUCCCUCUCUUCUACAUCCGUCUCCUCUUCCUGUUCGUCCCCACCUAAACUAAACGAGAAAAUACCGUGAAAGUUACGAUAAUACCCCCGAUUUCUCUGAAAAAGCAUUACCCGGAGACCUUAAUUUUGUCGAAUUUGUAGAAGUUUGAAACUUUGUUAAGAAAGAGUGAGAAAAGUUUCUUAAUUUCCGCAGAGCAGCUGUUUAAUGUCAGGUUUGUCGAUACUCGAUGUGUUCACGGAGGAUUUACUCGUGCGAGUUCGCGGCAAAAUCGGCGAUGAGUUGGAUGCCAAGACGUGGCGACUCGUUUGCAAAGAGUUUCUUCGAGUUGACUCGCUUACUCGGUCAACUCUCCGGCUCACCCGUAUCGAGUUCUUGUUUCAGCUUUUAGAGAAAUACCCAAAUGUUAAAACUCUGGACCUCUCCGUGUGUCCACGUGUUAACGACGGAACCAUUUCGUUGUUACUGAGUCGCACUCGUAAUCCACUGAGCUGGGCUCAGAGCUUGAAGUCUCUCAACCUGCGUCGUGCCACCGCGUUGAGAUACAAAGGUUUAGAGAUGCUUGCAAUGGCGUGUGUAUGUUUAGAGAGUGUUGACGUGUCAUAUUGUUGUGGGUUUGGGGAUCGGGAGGCCGCGGCUUUAUCUUGUGCCGGAGGGUUGAGGGAGGUGAAGAUGGACAAAUGCUUGAAUGUGACAGAUGUUGGAUUGGCAAAGAUAGCAAUUGGGUGUGUGAACUUGGAGAGGUUAAGCUUGAAAUGGUGUUUGGAGAUAAGUGAUCUGGGUAUUGAUCUUUUGUGCAAGAAGUGUCAGGAUUUGAAGUUUCUUGAUUUGUCCUAUCUUAAGGUAACGAGUGAUUCACUUUGUUCGAUUUCUACUUUGCCUAACCUGGAGGAUUUGGCUAUGGUGGGGUGCCCCUUAGUGGAUGACAUUGGGUUACAGUUUCUUGGAAAUGGAUGUCCUUCCCUACUGGUGGUUGAUGUAUCGAGGUGUGAAUCUGUUAGUUCAUCUGGCGUAAUCUCUGUAAUUAGAAGACACAGUGGUCUUCGGCAGCUGAAGGCAGGUUACUGUUUUUCGGAGGUUUCCAUGACUGUUCUCUACAACAUGAAGGACUUGAAGAACCUUGAAACAAUCAUAGUUGAUGGGGCUAAAGUAUCUGACUCUGGCCUUCAUUUCAUUAGCACCAAUUGCAAGUCUCUGGUUGAAAUUGGGUUGAGUAAAUGUGUAGGGGUGACGAACAUGGGCAUCAUACAACUUGUAUCUGGCUGUGUUAAUUUGAAAAGCAUCAAUCUAACAUGUUGCCAUUCAAUUACUGAUGCUGCGAUUUCUGCUAUAGCAGGCUCUUGUCGUAGUCUUGUAUGCCUAAAGGUAGAGUCGUGCCACAUGAUAACAGAGAAAGGUCUUUAUCAGCUUGGAUCUUUUUGCUUGCUCCUCAAGGAGCUUGAUCUUACAGAUUGUUGCGGUGUAAAUGAUAAAGCACUUGAGUAUCUGUCCAGAUGUUCCAAACUGUUAUGCUUGAAAUUAGGACUUUGCACAAAUAUAUCGGACAAAGGACUGUUCUAUAUUGCCUCUAACUGUUCAAAGAUUCGUGAACUGGAUCUGUAUCGAUGUACCGGUAUUGGAGAUGAUGGUUUAGCUGCUUUAUCUACUGGUUGCAAGGAGUUGAAGAAUCUCAACUUGUCAUACUGUGAUAAGAUCACUGACAGAGGGAUGGGGUACUUAGGCUCCCUGGAGGAACUCUCUGACCUGGAACUGCGAGGGCUCAUGAACCUCACAAGUGUAGGUUUGACUAUGAUUGCAGUUGGGUGUAAGAAGUUGGCAGACUUGGAUCUUAAGCAUUGUGAGAAGAUUGAUGAUUCAGGCUUCUGGGCGCUUGCCUUUUAUUCACAGAAUUUACGACAGAUAAAUUUGAGCUAUUGUGCUCUCACAAGCAUGGCGCUGUGUAUGGUGAUGGGGAAUUUAACUCGCCUGCAGGACGCUAAGCUUGUGCACCUCAACUAUUGCACGAGGGAAGGUUUUGAGCUCGCACUAUGGUCCUGCUGUGGUCGGAUGAAAAAGGUCAAGUUAAUUGCUCCUCUCAGGUUCUUGCUUUCGUCAGAUAUAUUGGAAGCCCUUCAUGCUACAGGUUGCAAGAUUAGAUGGGACUGAUCUAAGUUAUUAAGGACAAGGAGUUCCAUCUAAAUUUUCCGGUUCAUUAGUUACUACACUACAAGUCUACAACAUAUAUAUGCUGGCAGUGAAUGGACCAGUCCUUGUUUCUGCUGUAUGCCACUUGUGUGUUUUGAUGAAUUUUAAGGUAACUUUAUGGCCUGUAUGUUAUAUAUGUAUUGAAGUUGAGAAUGGUGAGGCUCGUAAUUGACCUUUUCCUUAAU